AAACCAAAACAACAAUAACUAACCAACGUAGUAACAAGUUGAGUUCAUGGAAGCCUAUGAGACUAUAGUACCUCUCUACGUCCUCCAAGCGUUUGGCGUUAGCGUCCACUGCGUUUCUCCUGGUCGCAAAACUGGCGACAAGUGCGUCAUGGCAGCUCAUGAUCUCCUUGGCCUCGAGAUAUACACCGAAUUGGUGGUUGACCAUCUAACACUAAACGCAAACUUCGAUGACGUCAUCCCCGACCAAUACGACGCCAUCAUCAUUCCCGGUGGACGUUUCACGGAACUUUUGAGCGCCGACGAGAAAUGCGUGAGUCUUGUGGCUAGAUUCGCCGAACUCAAGAAGCUCAUCUUCACCAGCUGCCACAGCCAACUGUUUCUCGCGGCGGCGGGUCUGCUCACCGGUGGAAUGAAGUGCACGGCGUUCGAAAGCAUGAAACCGUUGAUAGAGCUCUCCGGCGGAGCGUGGUGGCAACAGCCUGGAGUCCAGACCCUUUUCGACAUAACUGAUUGUGUCAAGGACGGCAGUUUCAUGUCCACUAUGGGGUGGCCAACGCUUGGCCACAGUCUCAGAGUUUUGUUUGAAUCACUUGGCUCCAAGAUUUCUAGCUCUAAAGAGAAUCACCAGCCUUCUUUGCUUUUCUUGAUCGGGGAUUGUGUUGAAGAUUAUAGUAUCAACGUACCAUUUAAAGCGUUUCAAGCUUUGGGAUGUAAAGUGGACGCAGUGACGCCAACCAAGAAGAGAGGUGAGAAAUGUGCUACAAUCGUUCACGACCUUGAAGAUGGACGGCAACUUCCUACUGAGAAGUUUGGUCACAACUUCUAUGUGACCGUUGCGUGGGAUGAUGUCUCUGUGGAUGAUUACGACUGCAUUGUGGUUCCCGGAGGAAGAUCUCCAGAGCUCUUGGUGAUGAAUCCCAAGGCUGUCGAAUUGGUCAAAACGUUUGUUGAGAAAGGCAAGUUUGUUGCUGCCAUUGGAAUGGGAAAUUGGCUACUUGCUGCCACAGGCGCUCUUAAGAAGAAGAGAUGUGCAAGUAGUUAUGGGACAAAGGUGGCUAUGAAAGUUGCUGGUGGUGAGAUCGUGGAAUUGGAACGGUGUGUGACCGACGACAAGCUGAUCACAGCCGCAUCAACUUCCGAUCUUCCUGACUUUUUGUAUGCAUUGUCGACUGCACUUGGUCUCUCUGUUGUAUUCUAAUAAUUAUAUAAUGUCAAGUGGUGCUUUAAUUUACUGUCUAAUGCCUGAAAAUAAAGAUAUCUAUGUACU